UCUACCACUAGAGGGCGGAAAAGGUUGGUGGGGGCCGUCCCUGAUGGAGAGGAGGGCCAUCAUGUCUGCUUCCCAUCUCUUUGUAGACUGGGUCAGAAAACCACGCUGCUUUAAGACGCGCUUUCAGACCGUGGGCUCCUCGUGUCUGAGUCCGGCCUGAGCGGCAGUCACAGCCCGUCCCGGAUCGCGGGACAGAGCGGAGAGGCGGCGGCUUCACGGAAGAAGAAGAAGAAGAAGAAGAAAGAGGAAGCAACCGCAGAUGUCAUCGGUGAAGAAGAGAAGCUCCAACUCCUCGGGAGGCCGGGAAGAGGACCGGCAGGUGACCGAGAGGAUGCUGUCCGCCGGCUCCAGUCCAGCCGGGACCCCGGGGAGCGACGCCCGGAGCCCCAGCAGCCUCCUGCCGGCGGACGCAGCGGAGGACGGGGUCGCCCUGAAGCGGACCAUCACCCUGAUGAACGGCGUGGCCAUCAUCGUGGGCACCAUCAUCGGCUCGGGCAUCUUCGUGACGCCUACCGGCGUGUUCCGGGAAGCGGGCUCGGUGGGUCUGUCGCUGAUCGUGUGGGCCGUGUGCGGGGUGUUCUCCACCGUGGGGGCGCUGUGCUACGCGGAGCUGGGAACCACCAUCAGCAAGUCCGGGGGGGACUACGCCUACAUCCUGGAGGUGUACGGCUCCCUGCUGGCCUUCCUCAAGCUGUGGAUCGAGCUGCUCAUCAUCCGGCCCUCCUCUCAGUACAUCGUCGCCUACGUGUUCGCGACCAACCUGCUGAAGCCCAUCUUCCCGGUGUGCCCGGUACCGGAGCAAGGGGCCAAGCUGGUGGCCUGCCUCUGCAUCCUCUUGCUGACCUUCGUGAACUGCUACAGCGUGAAAGCGGCCACCAGGGUGCAGGACUUCUUCGCUGCUGCCAAGCUCCUGGCGCUCGGCCUCAUCAUCAUCAUCGGCUUCGUCAAGAUCGGCCAAGGUGGAACGGAUGAACUUCUUCCUGAAAACUCUUUUAAAGGAUCCAGUUAUGAGUUCGGUAACAUCGGCUUGGCGCUCUACAGCGGCCUCUUUGCCUACGGUGGCUGGAACUACUUGAACUUUGUCACUGAAGAAAUGAUCGAGCCUUACAAAAACCUUCCUCGAGCCAUCAUCAUCUCUCUGCCCAUCGUCACCGCCGUCUACGUUCUCACCAACCUGGCCUACUUCACCACCAUCUCUCCCGCUGACAUGCUGAGCUCGGAGGCUGUCGCUGUGGACUUUGGGAACUACCACCUGGGCCCCGUCGCGUGGAUCAUCCCCGUGUUUGUGGGUCUGUCGUGUUUCGGUUCGGUCAACGGUUCACUCUUCACAUCAUCCAGGUUAUUCUAUGUGGGGUCGCGGGAGGGUCACCUGCCCAGCCUGCUGUCCAUGAUCCACCCCACACUGCUGACGCCGCUGCCCUCACUCAUAUUCACGUGUUUGAUGACGCUGCUCUACGCUUUCUCCAACGACAUCUUCUCCGUCAUCAACUUCUUCAGCUUCUUCAACUGGCUCUGCAUCGCCAUGGCGAUCCUCGGCAUGAUGUGGCUCCGCUACAAGAAGCCCGACCUGGAGCGGCCGAUUAAGGUGAACAUCCUGCUGCCAGUGAGCUUCGUCCUCGCCUGCCUCUUCCUCAUCAUCGUGUCUUUCUGGAAGACGCCGAAGGAAUGCGCCACCGGCUUCGGCAUCAUCGCCACCGGGCUGCCCGUCUACUUCAUCGGCGUUUGGUGGAAGAACAAACCCAGGUGGAUGAUGCGCGGCAUCUCAACGACCACUGCCUGGUGUCAGAAGGUCAUGGAGGUCGUCCCUCAGGAGUCCUAAAGACCGUCUGCCUUUUUUUUUUUUAUUUGGCCUCUGAUUUCACAGAAGAUGAAGUUUGACCUCAACUGACGUUUCUCUAACCCCGUUCUGUCUCAGACUAGCACACACACACACACACACACACACACACACACACACACACACACACACACACACACACACACCCACGUUGUGCAGACUGCUGAUCAUGUCUAAGUCUUCAUUGUUGUCUUGUUUUUAUGUUACCUUGGUGAUUCAGACGUUAUUUUUACGUGUCUUGAGCGCAUUUCUGAACUUUGUAUUUUUUUUUUUAGGUGUUAUUUAAAAGUUUUUCUGUAGCCUGAGGAUUUGGUGUCGAGUCUGGGUUGCCCUGACGCUCCUGACCUCUCCUGACCUCUCCUGACCUCUCAUGGUGCAUCUGACGCCUAACAAAGGCAGUUUCCGUUAGUUUCUUUUUCAUGGGCUGUUUAAUUUUUUACACCUGAGGGAUUCAGGUGUUUUCCGUUCAAAGCCCACGUCUCAUUUGGUUUGUGAGCUGUGAAGUCGGACCGGGGCCCCCAGGGGUCACAUCAGAGCCGCCGCUUCAGGCCGUGUGAGGACAUCACUCAGUGUUAUGAGGCCGGAGUCUUUAUGUCUGAGAUAAAAUCAGAGGAAGUCUUUUGUAUUUUAUCUCAAACUGUCAAACACUUUUUAUGAGUUUUGUUUUUGUUUUUUGGUGAAACGAAGGCCUUUGCUCACCACGUCUGAGUUUGCUGUUCACUGUGAACAUUUUCCGUUCUGUGUCAACGUCAGCAUGUGACGGUUUCCUUCCAAGCAGUCAGACCUUAAAGCUGCAGUACGUACCUUUUAAAAAAUGUUUUUUUACAUAUUUGAUCAAACUGUGACCAUGUCCUGAUUGUUUAACAUGAAACAGAUAAUCUGUGAAAACAUCAGAGGUUUGCACUGAUUUGUCCUCAACUCUGACCUUUCAUCCAAAACCAGAUUUAAAUGACAUCUUUAAGCGUUUUCUUGUCAGCCAUCUUUUGUUUUUUUAUAUCCCCAUUUGAAUCUUUUUCUGAAGAUGAUACAGUUUGAGACAAAAUCCCAAAAAACAGCAAAAUACUGAAAAAUCUUCUGGAACCUGUUACAUUUGAUUCAAAGCUAAAUAUUAUAAACUGAUGUUUAUUUUGGACAAUGAAACUUAGUUUCAGGCAGAAGAUUUACGCCUAAUAUUGAACAUUUUUGCUUUAAUCUCUUUUUGGAGCUAAACUGAGCACAAAAAGUCAAGAAGUUCCUGUUUGGUUGAUUAAUUAGCAUUAAAUCUGAACACUUAUUAUAAAAACAAUAUUAUUAUUUUUAUUGUUUUUGUUAUUGUUGUUAUUAUUGUUUUUGUUAUUAUUGUUAUUAUGUAUAUAUUUUUCUUAUUUUUUAUUACUAAAUAAUAUUUUUCUUUAUUUAAACAUAGUAAUACAGUUUGUGUUGCUUAUGGCUAAAUAAUAUUUACUAAUUAUGUACUCUGAGAAACUAUGAAACACUAAAGAUCAGUUUCUCCUUGGAGAUCAAUAAACUUUAUUCUUCUUUAUAUGAUGUGUUUCCUGUAAAUACAUCAUAUUUACCACAUUUGUAAGAAAAAAUCAAUUUCUUGGUUUGUGUUUAGCAUUUUUGGGUGAAAAUCUUCUCCAAUCCUGAUGCUAAACAGCUUUUUUUAAUGACUAGAUUUGUUUGGUUUAUAGGAUUGGAUUAUUGGCUGACUGCCUGCAAAUGCUGAUUACCGUCCCACAGUAAUGUGUGACCUUGGCAGUGACCAGCAUGAGGAAGCAGCAUGAUGUGCUUCUCCAGUCUAAAAAACAUCAAUUGAUAUGUGUUUGGAUUUUUCUGAUGGUUUGAGGUUUAUUGCUAUACCUUCAUUAAAACCAAGGAAAAGAAUCGACCAAUCAGACGCUCCCUGACGUUUUGUGCUCAUUUUUACAUUUAAACAUCCAGAUUAAACCUAAAUCCAAGUUGAUUCACUUUGUUUUCCAGCACGAUGCACUUUAUAGCAAAGUAUGUAAAGCAAGAAAUGAAGGGUUGGUUUGAUCAUGUAAAUUGAAAUAAACCUUAAAGUUUCUCCUUUUUUAUUCACCUGAACUUUAUUCACCUGAACUUAUUGUUUGUGUUUAAAUGACACGUUGGUGUGCAAAGGCCUUCAAAGUGUUGGCGGGAGGUGAAAACGUCAGAGCUCAGUUUCAGAUCAGAAAAUGAACUGUUAGUUUUUAUUUUGUGUUUUUAUUUCACACACAGUGACCGUUACUUUCUUAGCUGUAAUGUUAUUAAUGAUGAACGCCUCCUGACCAAAACGUGCAAAGUGUCACCACAGGAGGCAGGAAUGAGUAAAACUAGUGGUAGAAAACCUUCCUAACACUCCAGCCAUCGCAAAGCUAAAAGACAAACUGAGAUGGCAAACUAACAUGAGUAAGACUGAGUAAGAAGUUUUAUUUAUUUUUAGAUUACUUUUAUUGUUACUAGUCCCUCUAAUUUGUUUGAAGGAGAUUUUUUUUUGAAAAGUACUUUUCAAUAAAUUCAUUUUUUUCCA